UUGUUGAUAUAUUUCCUUAGUGUACGCUCGAAGUUCAGUCAAACUACCGGCUUUUGUGAAACCUUGUGGCGAUAUUUAAUUAUUUUUUUUAUUAUUUGUUUUCCUAAAGUGUUGUCAGCCAGUGUGCUUUUGUUUGUUGCUUGAGACUGUGAAAGACGUUCUCUAAAAAAAUAGUUCUUGUUAAUAGUAUCGACUGGAUUUUUUAAUGGAUUGUUAAUCAGGAGUUAACUGAGAAAAAUGGGUCAGCAGUGAGAUAAUUUAUAUUUCCUCUACAUUCCUUAAUACAUAAACCAUGGUGCUGAAAAGAACAGACGCCCUCAACAAGAGGAUCGCUAGUACAAAUCGGAUCCUCGUUACAAUAACCACUGGCGUCAUAUUCCUGUUGUUCCCUAUAGUUCUAACAAUAGAAGACCCCAUACCUUCAGUAGUUAAUUAUUUACUUCGAGUAGCCAACGGCAGCAUAGUAUACGAUCUGGUGCAGCAUGAGAUGCCAGCAGCACGGCUCUCCCUGUACCUGUUCAACUUCACCAACGCCGACAGGUUCCUCGCAGGAGAAGACGAUAAACUGAAGGUCGAAGAGGUUGGACCUUUCGUGUAUCAGGAAUAUCGUUGGUACGUGGAUGUGGUGCUGAGUGAGGAUGGCAAGGAGUUGGGGAUGACUCCGAGAGUGAGGACGGAGUUUGUACCCGAGGCUUCCGUAGCCAACCCCAAGGAUAUCAUGCUCACGGUGCCUAAUCUACCAUUUCUUAGUGGAGCAUCAAUUCUGUCCAACUAUCCGAGUUUGAUCCGCACCGCCUUCAACAUGGUGGUGGGGCAGUUGGGAGAGAAAGCCUUCAUGCAGCUGGAUGGUGAGAAGUACCUGCACGGCUUCGAAAGUCGGGUGAUGCAGAUUUGCAAUAGUUUCGCACCUGGAAUCGUGUAUUUUGAUGAUUUUGGACUGAUGAAAAGGCUGUACGACAAUGAGUCAGAUUACAGAAUAGUAGUGGGAGCCACCAAUGAGGAUAGAUUCAAGAUCAAAUCUGUCAAGAAGUUCCGAAACAUUGAGAUGGGGACCAUCAAAGAUGUUGAAGUAAGUGAGCAAAUAUUUGAAAAGGACACAUACGAGGGUGCGAUAUACCCACCCUUCCUAACCCCAGACGUGCCCAUCAACUGGUACCGGCUGGGCAUCUGCAAGACCUUCAACCUUCGAUACUUGGGGACCAGGGACAUGCAUUAUGGGGGCGAGGCCUCUGUGUAUACCAUCAGCAAUGAAACGUUCAGCGCCAGCGUCAACCCCAUCAGCAAGAAACCUUAUCCUCCAGGAGUUUUGGAUAUUUCUGAUUGUUAUUUUGGUCUACCAUUCGUGAUAUCAAAAUCCCAUUUCUUGGACAGUGAUCCCAAGCUGUACGAGCGGAUCGAGGGGAUCCGACCAAGCAGGGAUCUAGAUGACACUCAGAUUAUCAUCGAUAGAAAAGUGGGCGUAAUGUACAACACGAAGAUGUCCAUCCAGCUGACGAUGAUGCUGGAUGACCUCAGCUUCAACUGGCAGACCAAGAUGCUGUCCAACGCUGUGGUGCCUGUCGUCUCUGUCAUAGUGGACCAGCCUAAACUAACAGAAUGGACGCUAAGCAAGUUGGUGAUGAUCUACCAGCUGGCUCCUUACAUCGUGAUGACCCUCCAAGCAGUAUCAGCCUUGCUAGGCUUACUCCUGGUCGCCUACGCAGCACGCCUGCAAUACCUGAACUGGAUGUCUAAAACUAGGACUAUAGUAUUCGAAACAGUUGACAAAAAUGUACUAAAAGCUGAACUUCCACUUAUACCAAAAUAAACAACAUGUUUGAAAGGUUUUUACCCGACUGCGCCAGAAGGAGGGUUAUGUUUUUCGAGAGUAUGUAUGUAUGUAUGUAUGUAUGUAUGUAUGUAUGUAUGUAUGUAUAAUUGUUUGGCACGCUCUACAGCCUAAACGGCUUGAUGGAUU